AUAAAAAAUAAAAACUUGUAAAAAUAAAGCCAAACAAAAUAAAAAAAAAAACACUAAAAGACUAAUUUUUUCUGCUCAAGAGCUUAAAGUAUACAACACAAAAAAAAUAAAAUAAACGAAGAAUAAAAAUGGGUAAAACACAAAGUAAACGAUCUGUCGAUAUAACCACAGAACCCAAAAAGGAUGGCAUUGCCGAAGAAGGCACCGGCAAGCUGGAAAAAAUCGAAGAUGCCGACCAAUUGAAGCCACAAGUGAAUGGAGACACAAAUCAUUCGGAGAAUGAGGCAACUGAAAAAACCACAGCUGACACUGAAAACGAAAAAGACCUAUCGACUGAAAAAGAACAAAAUGCUGCUGCCGCUGCUGCUGCCUCUUCUUCAACUCCUGAAUCACCAACCACAGAUGCUGGAGCAAGCGGUGAUGCUACUGCUGCUGCAGUAGCAACAACUCCAGAAGGUGCUGCUGCUGCUGCUGGCGAUGCAAAUGAAAGCAAAUCUGAUGCUGCUGCAACUGACGCCGCAGCUACUGCUGAUACAACAAUUGAAAAUGGUGAAAGCAGUAAAAAAUCAAAGAAAGAGAAAGUCAAAAAGAAAUGGUCAUUCCGAAACAUUUCAUUCGGCAAGAAGGACAAACAAAAGCCAUCCAAGAAAGAAGAGGGAACUGCCGCUAGUGGAGCAGCAGCAGCAACUGCAACAACUGCCACCAAUGGUGAAUGUGAAAAAGUUCCUGAAGAGGCAGCUGAAGAAUCUGCUGCAGCCGUGGCUGCCCCUGCCGAUGCCGCUGAAAAACCAACUGAGACAAAAGCUGAAGAUACAGCUGCUGUUGCCGCCACAACACCAACAACAACGCCAGCCACAGAAGAACAAAAGCCUGCUGCUGAAGUAGCUGCUGUCGCCGAAGAAGAAAAACCAUCAACUCCCGCUGCUGCUACUGAAUCAGCGCCAUCAACGACAAAUGGAGAUGCAGCACCAGCUGAAAAAGCUGCUGCCAUUGAAUCAGCCCCAGAACCAGCUGCAGCACCAGCAGCUGUUGCUGCUGCCGCCGCCCCAUCUAUCGUUGCUGAAGAAGUUAAAAUCCCAGAACCAGUUGCUGCUGAAGUAGUAGCACCAGCAGUACCAACAACCAAUGGUACAGCUGAAAAGGUCGAUAUUAACGAAUCGGUGGAGGAAGAUGCUAAAGCGUUAAAUGGCACAGCCGCUGAAUCGCCAAAAAUCGAGGUAAAAACUGAAAACGAUGAAAAAUCUAGUAAUACGACCACCACCACCGUCAGCGAAUUAGUUGUGGUUCCUUCCACCACAGAGGAACCAUUAACUACACACGCUGCUGGUGGUGUCGAUCAAGUUGAAUCCGAACAAGAAAAAGAACAAGUUAUAACUUGCAUUGAAACAACUCCGAAAGAACUAACUAGCGGUGGUGAAUCUAUUGAAUCUGUUGCACAAAAUAGCCCCCCACCUCCUCUCCCUUGUUCCCCUCCCCCUUCACAGGUGAUGGUGUUUGCAUUAAGUGAUGAGGAAUCUCAAGUUGCUAACUCUACAGAAACAGAAACUGAAACCCAAGAGGUAGUAGUAGCCGAAGCAGAAGUACCAGCAGCAGUCGAAGCACCAGCUGCUGCACCAGAAAUUGAAGCUUCUUCUGCUUUAAUUGAAAAAUCCCUCAUUGAAUCAGUUCUCUCUCAAGAGAAACCAAAACCAAUUGAGGAAGAAAAAAUUCCUGAAAUUGUAGCUCCAUCGACCCCAGAACCACCAACCGAAGAAAUUCCAGAAAUCAUAGCCGCACCAGCCACACCCGAACAAGCAAAACCAGAAGAAUUUAUCGAUACUCCAGCUACACCUGAGCAUUUGACAACAACUGAAGUAAAUAUUAUUCCAGCCACACCCGAGCCAACUGAAGUUAAAGUAACACCAGCAACUCCAGAGGUAACUGAGGUAAAUAUCAUACCAGCAACUCCAGAAGUUCCAGAAUCACCUGAAAUAAUCCAAGAAGAAGAAAAAGUUGUACCACAAAAAGAAGAGAUUAUUGAAGAAGAAACUAAUAUUAAACAGCAAGAGACUGAAAAGGUGAUCUCCCCCCCAGUGGAAGACGAUGAUGAAGUCCUACCACCUCCACCAUCAGAAGAAACUGAAAUUAAACAAUGCGAAGAUGAAGUGAUACCAUCUAGUGUUGCAGAAAUUGAAAAUAGCAUUGAACAAGAUGAAAUCACGGCUCAGACUAUUGCACUUAUCGAUGAGGUAACCCAACAGGCAGCUUUAUUAAUUGAAAAGAAUCAACAAGAAUCAGCAGAAGAGCAACAGGAAUCCCCCCUAAAUCAGUCUGGCACUGAAGAGGAGGAAACUAAAUGCAAUUCACCACCAACUGCUGAAGAGGAUAUUCCAUUACCACCAUUAUCAUCAUCACUACCAGCACCCGAACAAUUACAAUUACAAUCCGAAACAAUUCCUGAACCAUCAUCACCCGCUUCCUCUGAUAAUCACAUCGAACUAACAACAUCAUCACAGGAUUCAAAAUUAGAAUCCGAAACUAACCGAAUAGAAGAAAUCGAAGAACAAACUGAAACAUCACAAGAAACUCCAGCUCCAGCAACUCCUGAACCAUCAUCACUAAAUAAUGGAAAUGAUACUACUCCAACAACUCCAACUGGUACAACGAAUGGUGAUGAAGUGGAAUCGCAUACAAUCUCUUCAGCAACAAAGGAGAAUGGAAUUGGCGAGAACCAUGAACAACCAGCUGAAACAUCUGCGACAGAGAGCCUGAAUGGUGGAGUUGAACACAAGACUAUUGAGGAAAUGAAGGCUGAUCAUCAAAUUGAAAAAGUAUCGAACGACGUGGUAACGCAGGAAGUAGCCAUUGUGGGCGAAUAAUUUUAUUGAUAUUAUAUAUUUUAUAAAUAUUAUUAGUUUCUCUUUUUAACAAACAACACAUACACAAAACACACAACCACACAAUAACGAAAAUUAAUUAAAAAAAUAAAAACUUCACUGAUCCCUAUAUACACUAUAAAAAAAAAUAAAAUACAAAAAUUAAACACAUUAUACGAACACAAAAACAGAUUUAAAAAACAAAAUCAUAUACAACAAAAUUAUAUAAAUAAAUAUACAUAUUAACUUGCUAAACAAAAACAAAAAAAUAUACAUAUAUAAACUCAAAAAAUCUUACUCAAUAAAUCAAACAGCAACAAUUCGAAGCGAAUCAAAUGAGAAUUUAUUUAAAAUUAUAUUUAAAGAAAAAAAAAUAAAUAAAUUUAAAUAUGAAUAUAAUGUAUGUAUUGAAUAUUGAAGUAAGGGAUAUUCACAUCUAAAUGCUAAGUAAAACUCUGUAGGGAAAUAAUAAUAAACAUAAACAUAAUAAUAUUAAUAAAAAGUCUGCAAAAAAAAUAAAGAAGACUUCCAAAAUUGUACACAUACACAUAUUACACACAAUCCCCCCCA